AUGAAAUUCUUUGCAUUCUUCUUCGUGGCGCUGGCGGCCAUCCUGGCCUUGGUGGGUGCUGAUAGCCUACGUGGGGAACAGCCAGUAGACAGGGUAGUUCGCAGUGCGGCACCAGGAAAACACGGCGGUGGCGGCCAUGGAGGAGGUGGCUACGGAGGAGGCUACGGAGGAGGUGGCUACGGCCACGGCUACGGCCACAAGGGCUAA